AAUUUUUUAGGCCAGGAACUAAAACAAGGCCAAAGCUCGUGCAGCGCACAAAACAGUAUGACACGAAUCACAUUCUGUGUUAACCACAGAUCGAAGAAAAGCAGGUGGCAGAUGACGGGCCACAAUUUAAUUUGUUCGGUCGUCGGAAUAAAGGAAACCGUUGCGUCACUUGCAAGCUAGCCGUGCACAUCUGGCGCAUAUGAACAACACUGUGCGUACGUGUUAAAGACGGCGACGGGCGGAAGCUUCUUGCGUUCCUCAUGGGCAACACGAGGCCGCUGGGCAUGGCGAGCGGGAACUGGAAGGCGGCGGCGACGUCGUGGUGCGGCCACUGCGGCAUGGGCCUCGCGGCGGCGGCGCCUCAGCCCGGGCCCGGCGGCUCUAGCGUCCGGUGCGCGUUCUGCCACGGGGUGACGCGUAUCGAGCAUCACCAGCACCAGCGCGGCGGCGGCCGCGUGGGCGAGAGCGCCACGACGACGACGAGGACGCUCGCGGCGGAAGCCUCGCUGCCGCGGCCGCCGCCGCCGCCGGUCUCCGCGGGGCUCCUCGAGAUCCCGGCGAGCUACCCCAGGAGGGUGAGCGGAGGCGGCGGGAGCAAGCGGGCGCUCCUGGUCGGGGUCAGCUACACGGGCACCAAGCAUGAGCUCCGGGGCACCGUCAACGACGUCAAGGAGAUGAGGAGCCUCCUCUGCGACAGGUUCGGGUUCCCGAGCGCCUGCAUCCUGGAACUCACCGAGAAGGAGAGUGACCUCACGAGGGUGCCGACGAGGGAGAACCUGCUGCGGGCGAUGCGGUGGCUGGUGGACGGCGCCAGCGCCGGGGACUCGCUGGUGUUCCACUUCUCCGGCCACGGCGUGCAGAAGCUGGACAUGAACGACGACGAGGUGGACGGGUACAACGAGGCGCUGUGCCCCAUGGACUUCGAGCGGAGCGGCAAGAUCCUGGACGACGAGAUCAACGCCACCAUCGUGCGGCCGCUGGGGAAGGGCGUGAAGCUGCACGCCAUCGUGGACACCUGCCACAGCGGCACCAUCCUCGACCUCCCCUACCUCUGCCGCAUGUCCAGAACUGGGUACUGGCAGUGGGAGAAUCACUCCCGGCCUUCGGGCAUGUUGGCGAAGCGCACCAACGGAGGCCUGGCCAUCUCCAUCAGCGGCUGCAGCGACGACCAGAAGUCCGCCGACGCCAGCGGAUUUUCUGACGAGUCGUCUUCGAUCGGCGCCAUGACGGACAGCUUCAUCAAGGCCGUGAAGGCCGAGCCGGGGACGACGUACGGGCGGCUGCUGAGCGCGAUGAGGACGAGGAUCCGCGACGGCCAGGGGAGCCGCCGCCUCCCCGGCAGGCUCGGCUCCUUCGUCCGCUGGAUGAUCCCGUCCAGCGGCGUGCAGGAGCCUCAGCUGUGCUCUUCGGAGAUGUUUGACAUCUACAGGAAGCCAUUCCUGCUCUGAUUUGGUCGUCAUCUCGUCGGCUGCUAAUUCGAAGUUGAUCCGAAGAAUGUCAUUGUUGUCUGCUGUGUACCGGUGUGUCCGUGUGUAACUCUGUCAGUUCAAGCCUGUGCAUAUCUGGCAUGAUGUGAGUACAUUUUACACGCGAAUCAAGUCGUGCCACGCGCCAAACACCACCAGCAUCUUUUGCGUACGUAGCGGUAACGCACAGAAUAGGUGUCAGAUACGCUAAGACUCAGGUUAUUUCGACCAGUAUUCUCCCAUCAGUUGUAAGCCAAGAGUGUGUCCAAAGAUAUGCAUACUUGCUACUCAUACAACACUAACAAAAUCUUUAGUCUUCAAUAAUUGAUCGCUUGCUAAUGCUCUCUACCACUCCAGGAACCUCUCAGAUAAGUAUAUGCACUCGCCAAACAAAAGGUCCGCUGGUUAUGUAGGUGCUAGCGGCCAUCAAGCAUGUCACCAAAUAAUAGAUUGAUGUCCGAACAUGCAAGCUAGCUAGGUUGCCUAGCUCGUGUGUAAUCGCCAAAGGCCCCUUUGCUAGGGAAGCUAUGCCAUAAUGUAAAUAUUCUUGUCCUUCCUAGUACGCUAUACAAUGUAAAAGCUAUCUCCUACUUAAUACAAAAGAUGUGUAAACUUUUUGCGUA